AUGCCUCGCUCGCUGGCGUCGUCGUAUCCGUCGCUCACGUCUGAAUCUGGGUCAAUAACGAGCUCUGAAUUUGUCCCAACGGCGUCUGAGCACGUGAGCCCGUCCCCGGUGUCGUGGAGAGGCAAGCAACGGCCAGACGAAACGGAUCGUGGACAUCGAUUUCAGUCUGCAAAGCGGCUCCUGAGCUUUGGGAGUGGCCACUACCCGCUGUCGAUCCCUGGACCUGCAAACGCAGACGAACUCAAGCAAUUCUCUGCUCGGCAUAACAAAACACAGACAGCAGAGAGCCACGGCCAGUCGACGCGGCGCAAACCACGCAGAUCACGCGACGAAGCCGCUGCCUCGUUGCACAGGUCCUCUCGCGCCAGCGCCGCAUCGACAACGGGUCUCGCCUCUAAACAUUCUUCUCUCGGUCCUCUGCCAAUCUUUACUCAGCGCACCCACCAUUACACCCUCUCCCGCCAGUCUUCCAUCUCCAGCACCUUGGCCCACGCCGCCGACAAUACAGGCCAAACUAGCCUCCAACCAGAACAAGACUAUUCAGAUCAGCUUCAUACAGCGUCACUUUCGACGACGCCACCCUCUAGAUCGUCAUCGACAAGACGCAAACCAACCCUGGCUUCGCUAUUCCAGAGCGCAAGUCGCAAGGCGUUGCGACGAGACGAGUUUAGAAAGGACAGCUACUCGAAGCAAGAUGAUGGUUAUACGCCCGCCCAGAGCGUUCCAACCACGCCACGGCUGCGUCGCUUUCUCGGUCUAAAGUUUCCGCAUAUUGGCGAGACGCUACGCUCCGCUAAAUCUACACCAGCACCUCCCCCGCUUCCUACAGCCCCUGUUGCCUCUGUCCCCGUCGUUCCUGUCCCCCCUACGCCAGCCUCGAUAAAGCCAAAAGAGCCAUCUGCACCUCCUACGCCCAUUCUCAAGCGUAAACGAUCCUCCCUUCCCAACCCACCCCCCAAACCAAUGCACGAACAUGCACCAGACGACUAUCAAGAUCGUUCGCUUGCCUACGAGACGCCCAGCAGGGCUGCUGCCGAGCUCGCGGACAUUUCGAAUCAUACCAUUCGUCGAUCAAAGUCGGACUCGCGUCAUCCAAAACGUAGCCACUCGCCCGGUCAGACGACGAGCAUUCGCGUUCCAGGUCCACCACCGCCCCAUCAUCCUCAUCCGCAUCCAUACUUUUCGUGCGGUACACCGAUUGAUAGAGCCCUCAUGUCGCUUCCGUCUUUCGACUUUGAACCCCCAGUCACUCGACCAUCGACACCGGGCCAAAGUCAAGAGUUUUUACCACUUGAAAAGGGUAAACGAUACAGGUCAAAGAUGACGGAAGGAGAUAUGGUAUUGAAUCCGGAAAUCAAGAGUGUGAUUGCCGCUGGCACCGAGGCAAGGCGAGAACGACGAGCGCCCAGUCGUGAACGACUGCGAGUUAUUGGUGGUAUGCACAGACAGAUACUUCCAGAACUCACACACGAAGACGAUCAACUCUCGCCAGACCCAUAUCCCGACCAGCGCGCGUCGGCGCACCCUAGUGCAAUGGCCACCCCAACGAUGAGGACAAGAAGUCCGUUUUCGCAUGGGCUAUUGCCAUUUGAAUCCCCCGCCUCUACCCCAUACGGUAGUCUGAUUGAAUUGCCUCUCACACCGCCGCCUUCACGGCCUCGACGAAGCCUUCAAGCCGUUUCCGCACCGAAACCGACUGCAGCUGCGCCUGCAUCCCCCGUCGUCACACGGGCGCAUCAUCGUCAUUUUUCCUCUUCGGCGACGGCAGUGGCUCCCCCGGCGCCACCUCUGCCGCCAAAGAAUGAGAGACGACAGGAGAAGCGGCCUAGUUAUGACGAAAAGGCGCAGAGUAGGCGGGACGAGUAUGGAUACGAUCAGGAGAUGGGAUUCUUAAAGGGUUCGACCUCGCCUAGGUUGUAUGCCGGGGACUCGCCCGUCAAGGAUAGACGAUAUGCCAGUCUCGAUUCGUAUGACCGUAGAUACGAUCAGCACAAGCGUAAAGGCUCGAAUACAAGCAACUCGACGUCGCUCAAUCACAACCAUCGACUCGACAGCUCGGCGGGUCACGACUCGCGUGGGUCUCCGACAUCGUAUCGCUACCCGCCUCCCAAUUCGCAGCACGCACAUUCAAAGAGUCUAUCUGGAGCCACGACCGUUCAUAAUCCAUAUCUCACCCCGCAGUCUAUGCCUGGUUUGGGCAUCACGCUUUACCCAGAGGCGUCGGUUCCGUCUCAUCGGGACCGGUACUAUGAUCUGAGUGAAGCGAUGAAGCUCUCCAUUGGAGAUUCGCGGUACCGCUCGUUUGAACGAGCAAUGCGCAAGUACAAUGAGCAAGCAAUUCCUCUUCGUGGUAAAGGCGGCUUGUUUGAGCGCGUCGAGCGGUUAUUGGACGAUGCGGUUCGCGAUGGUCUUCCACUUCAGACGGCGCGUCGGUAUAACCAGACGUUUCAAGAUCUCCUCGUCGAGAGUGAUCGACCACGUCGCGACCUUGCCGUGUAA